UAGGUACUUCCGUAAUGAAAGAGAAACUUGAAUGUCCCUACCAACAAAAAUAUAUUUGAUUGAUUUCUGUUGUUAUUAGCUGUUAGAGAGACGCUGUUACAUUCUUGGAACGAAAAUAGUGACCAAAAUGGAUUUGGACACACCUCACAGCAUUGAGGUAAUAACAGUCUCCACCAGCACAGCACCAGGCACCUCAGGAAAGAAAGUAGUUCCUUUACAGAUUGACUUUGAAAAGUUCCCUUCUCUGGAUAGAAAAGAAAUCUGUAAGUUGCGACGUCCAGUAAGACCUAUUGAUCGUCAAAGGAUGCGUCCAUGGCUAAUGGAGCUGUUAGAUGUCGGGAAUGUAUUUGGCUUGCGCUGGACCAACAGGCAUGAAGGAAUAUUUCAGAUAUCAUGGAAACACGCCUCUCGUCUUGGGUGGAACCUUGAAACUGAUGGAGAUGUUUUUGAGCGAUGGGCACGGCAUACAGGCAUCUACAAAGAGGGGGACCCUCCUGAACCAAAGAGAUGGAAAGCCAAUUUCCGGUGUGCACUUCACAGCUUGCACGAUGUUGUUGAGUUGACUAAUGCAUUAGAACGGAGGGGUCGAAAUGCAUGCAGAACAUACAAAUUCCUCCAAAGUAAUGAUGAACAAAGCAUCAGUAGAAAGAGAGCCAAAACAAAAAGAGUAAAGGAGACAUACGAACAUCCUAGCUAUGAUAAACAAGAGCUGUUAGAAAGUCUUGAGUAUGAUGAGAAACCAGCCAGACACACAGUUCAGUCCCUUGUUUUAGACUUGGCGUCUAGUGAAGAAUGUGGGUCUGAGACUGAGUCUGAUGCCUCUCAAGAGGACAAGGUAAUUGUACAGAAGUUGGAUGAUAAAUCAGAUGUUCCUGAGGAGGACUAUGGUCUACAUCAUGACCAUGACUAUUCUGCGGGACCUGAUAAAACUCAAAAGACAAUUGUCUUGCGGCAAGGUGUGGGAUCCAUUGUUCUGCAUAAGGAGGUGCUGAGUGCACCAGAUGAAGGAGACUAUGUAAAAAAUCUGUUAAUAUCCAACUUAGACCAGCUGGCUUCAGCUGCCAUGAGCUCUGCAGGUUUGGAUGCUGGACACACCUCUCAUGAUAUCCAGCUCAACAACACAAAAAUGUUGAAGAAGCUGCAAUCAAAAUUUAAAGUUGAGCAUAAUGAGGAGACAGAUGAAGACAGUGAUAAAACAGACUCAGCUGGUAAACAUUACUCUGUGAGUAGUGUUGUCAAAGAAGAGUCUAAGGGCUACAUGACCAGGAAAAGGAAGUCCUCACUCCAAGUGGAUGAGACAUGCCUCGGAGCCUCAGAGAGUGUGGAGACCACAACUUGUUCUGUGAAAAAAGGCAGCAAGAGAAAGUCCACUGAGAGCUGUUCUUCAGACUGCAGGGAAGAGACCAGCCCCUCCUCGGCUUUAUCCCCAGGCACCAAACACCGCAGCAACUCCCCAAAAAUUCUGUGUCGCAGGUCAAAACGUAUCACAUCUAAAAGUCUUUCCGAGUCCCAGGAGCCUCUCAUGUCCUCCUGUCUGCUCCUCCUGGAGGCUGCCACACGCCUGGACAAUGCUGAGAAAAAUGGCACGUCUUCUAAAUCCAGCAAAAGCAAACAUAGUGCUAUAGAAGAAAUCAAGGCCGAACUAUCCUACUCAGAUGAGGAAGUAGAAGAUUCAGAUAUUGAUAUAGAACAUGAAGAAAUAGUGUACGGGGAGCCAGUAGAGUGUACUGCUGCUGAUAUUGAAGUGUACACAACCGUCUCAAACAAAUCUCAAAAGUACCAGGAAAUACUAAGGCGCACACUAGAAAGUGCUGACACAGAGGCUGACUUAGGCCACUCCAAGCCUAAAUCUCGGACUAUCCGCAGCAUGUUAAAUGACACAAAUAAAAUCUCUGUAUUGAAGAAAUCGGAUGCGGCAGAUGGCAAAUUUAUGAUUGAAACACCUUGUGCCAAAGGCUUGUUCAGUGGCUCCAAAAUUCAGUCCGGCAGCCAUUCCUCUGGGAGCAGUAAAAAGAGAGGCAAAGGCUUAGGGAGGCAUAGAAAGAACUACUUUAUUGAAGCAGGCAGUUCAGAAGUGGCGGGCUUUGAGCAGGUGACAGAAGAAGAAAUAGUGUUUGAAGACGACCAUCUGGUCACCAUGUCACCACCACUGACAGAUGCCACUGCCCUGCCAGUUGUCAAACACAGCACUGAUGUCCAACAAAUUAUCAUCCAGAACAUUCUUGCUCCAAUCAAAAAGACACAUUUCCCCCCACCAAUUGUGAUAGAGGAGGCAGGUGGGGGCGUGGCGCCCUCAGGCAGCAGUUUGCUCCAGCCCCUGACCUACACCAAGAGCAUGGAGCAUGGGAGCAUCAUCAAGAAAGCUUUUCUCAACCUGGAGAAGGGGAGGCAAUACGUGGCACUGGAGAACAAUGGGAAAACAACUCUGUUUCACCCGGACUUGUUUUCAGUCAAGUCAACAACACCCAUGACAUCACCCACGACCCUGUUCACACCUUCAUUUCAAGUGGCAUCACUGAGCAGCCAGGGAUCAGUGGAGGAGACCGAAGCUUCAUCCACACCUAAAGAAGUUGUACAAGCCAAUCUGACAGCUGCCACAACAGCCGUGCUGGUCAAGCCCCUGACCACAAUAUCAACACUAGGCAAGACCAAAAGCAGUGUUGUCAUAGCUAACCCUGCAGCCAAGCCUCACACAGACAGCCCAGUGGUUGUGGGAGGCAACAUCCAGGUGGUGACCCUCAGGCCUGGCCAGGUGUCCGCCCCCACCACAACCCUCCCUGCUGACAGUGUCUGGACGCUGACAUCACAGACCCCAGGUCAGCCAGCACAGGCCUCUCACCUGUCCUCAAUCAAACCUCUAGUCUCCCUGCACAAACCCCCCAAAGGGAAGGCAGUUCUAGUGCAAGCAAAACCUGUCAAAAACCCAGCGCAGAAGAAUGUAGCACAAGUUCAAAGUAGUUUGUCAGAAAACACAGUCAAGUCACCUGAGACACACUUACCUGCUGAGUUACUUGACACACAGCCAGAAGCUUUACUUUCUCAAGCCAUGCUGGAUGGCAAGUCCUUGCAUCAAGAUCGUGUAUUGGGUACCAAGUCUUCAGUUGAUUUGGAUCUCCUGGAUGCUGUUCAUUCAAAUGACAGUGGAGCCUCAUCAUCACUAGAGGAUGCUAGUACUAGAGUCAAGUCCCUGUCUGAGUUGUGUAAAAGACACUUGGUCGACUUAUUUUCAACUCUAGACAAUCAGACCUCGGAGUCUGAAGACAAUGACUCGGCUGCUGGCUCCCCUAAUCUUGUCAUUAGGGAUGACACUUUGUUAGACAAAUCAAAAUUGGAACCAUCGCUUGCUGUAAAUACAGACUCUCCACCAGUUACCACCAGUCAACCUCUAGACCAACAGACUAGUUCUAAUGCCGAGGUCCCAACAUCAGAUUCUCACUCAGUUGACAUCAGCCAUCUGCGAGACACUAACCCAGACCCUCUCACUGACAACAGUAUACAAACAUUAUCAAAGUCCUCUGACCACCCAGACUCAAUGGAAGCAGAACAAACAAGUCCCCUAGACAGCCAACUACUGACCCCCGUAGAUGAAUCUCAGCUUAUGGACCCAACAGCUCCCUUGGCUAUCAGAGAGAUUCCACUGUUUUCAUCCAGCAAAUGUGAUUCUGAUUCUUUCAGCUCCUCAAGUGAUUAAUUUGUCCAGGACAAGUUCAUACAUUUAUUGGCUUUUGAACACUUUUUUUUUUGCAUUUAUAUUCUUGUCUCAAGUUGUCCAUUUUUUAUUUGAAACAUUAAAACAGAGUAUUUAUUCUUUAUUGAAAAUAAGUUGCAUGUUAAAACUUUAUAAAAAAAACAAACUACAUCACGUUAUGUUUAGUGAAAUGGUAGCUGUGUUCUUCUGAGUUACGUCAUGUUUUUUGUUUCUAACACACAUUUUUUAUUUUUUUAUUGGUAUUGCAGCCAAUUGGUUUUAUUGAGAUAUGACUGGGAAUUUUAAAAUGUAUUCAGUUUAAUUCUAUUAAGCAUGCAAACAGUGAUUCUAAUAUGUUUACACUUUGUUAAUUGUGUAGCCUUUUAUUUACUUUUUUCUUUAGAUAACCGGUCCAUCAAUUUUUAAAAACUGGAUAAAUAUAAACAAAGGUCAAACCAGUUCAUUCAAUCGUUGUUACAGUUUUCUGUUGUUGAUAAUGGUUUUUGUAUUUCAAUUUACUGACAAUGUGUAGACCAUUUAAAUGAAGUAAUUCUUAAAUAUUUGUUGGUUUAUUUAUUAACACCUAUGUCUCACAUAACAGUAGGUAGGGUGCAAUUUCUGCACUCUGUGUAGGUUUUUAAAUUCUAUUUGCUGAAUGGUUGCUUAUUCAAUUCACUUAGAUUUUUCAAAAACUUAAAAAUUUAAAUAUUAGAAAUUAGUAUACUUUUGAAAAUAAACAGCUGAUAUUGACCACACAAUCUUCAAUCAUAGACAUGUAAGUACAUUCAGUUUUUAGGAAAAUAUCAUAACCAAGCUCUAAGGUACAGAUUGUAGAGAAGGUUUACAUAAUUAAUAAAAAUUUGUGACUUUAAAAUUAAUAUAAAAAUUGGGUUCUAUUUUCACCUUACGUGAAACUGAAAAUCAUGUUAGAAUAUUUAUUUUUGUUUGUCUAUAACUACACAUUUUAAAAAUUAUUUGUAAAUUAUUUGUAAAAAUUAAUUUAAUAUUUCGCUUUAAAAUUUUUGAUAGAACUUGAACUUUCAAAAAUAAUGCAGAAUUUUGAGGUUUUCUGCAAUUUAGUUAUAAAACAACUCAUUCUUGAGCCCCUAGUGAACUACACAAACAUUUAUGAAGUUGUAAAAAUGUACCAACAGCAUCAAAGUUUCUCAUCCUUCUGUGCUAAAUUAUCACCAUGAGCUGUCUAUGAGCACCUUUAUUUAUGAGACUAGAGCUUACACUCAUCUUUCUAUUACAUUAUCUAUGGUAUCUGCAGCCCCUAUAUUAAAAAAUCCUGUAUGUACAAUUAUCACUGAAAUUAUUAGUUUGAUUAUCUCAUCAAAUAUUCUGAUCAAAUAUUAUAAUUCAGUCCAAAAUGUCCACAGGUCAAAAAAAAAAGCACAUCCGUUAUUUUUUAUUAUGAUAAUUCAGUCAUUCACGACAGAACAUUUUCAUAAAAAAUACAUUUCAAUACAGUUAUUGUUUACCAAAUGAAAUAAAAAGUAAUUAGUUGUAGCAAUAGUUGUGUAUAAAUAAUAUAUUUAUUAUUAAAUUUGAUAUUUUGUUUUAAAAGGAUGAAGUACUAAGACUCCAAAAGUAGUCCUAGAACUUCACUUUUUAUGUAAGUAUUUAUAAAUAUGUGCAUAUUGAAUAUAUAUGUAUUUCAUUGUAUUUUAUUGUUAUCUUUCUUUGCAUUUUCUAUUUUAACACUUAAAUGAAGAAUGGGGUUUUUUUUUUGGAUUUUUUUCUUUUGUAUAAAGGGAAACAAUCUGAUGGCUUGGACAUGAAAUAUUUAAAUAUUUUGUUGCCAAGAAAAUUUAAUCCACAGUUCAGCCAUAUGAGACAGUAAAUCCCUGAUACUGCCAAGAUUUGAAUCUAGAACUCUGAGAGUUGGUGGAGGUAGAGGUAGUAGAAGACAUUCAAU